GCGCUGGCUGCUCGUCAUCAGCUACGCAAUUCAUAUUAUUAUUAUUAGCGCCCCCUAUUUCCUUCCUCCGCUUGAGUAAUGUCAACCGAGGUGCCAGAUCACCUCGCUGUGCCACCGUCGUGGGUGCACGUGGAUCUGCAGAAGCUGCGCACCCGGCUGGAGAUACACAACACUGCAGAGCGCCUCAAUCAGCUGAAGCUCUAUCAGGGCGCCAUCGCCUCGCAGGUGUCAGACUUGGAGAAGUCUACGACGAAGCGUCAGCGGCGGCUGGAGCGGCUGACGAUGGAGUUACAAGAGCUUACGACUGAGCAAGAUGCGGAGCUCGGCCUGCAUGACAGAGGCCGUCGUGUCCUCGACGGCACGAGAAAUCAGGUCUACUACCAGAAAGGCACCAGCAGAAACUAUCUCGUGCCAUGCUCGUCGUCUUCACCUGCUGCAGAUCCGCUCGAGUCACCGUGCCCGCUGUCGUUGUACGGAUUCUCUGUUUUCUACAACUGUGUAGGAGACUGCGCACGGCCUCAGGAGGACAGCGUUGCCGCAUUUCUCAAGCUUUGUGCGCCGCUCUUCCAGUGGAGCGCUGAGGAGCUUCUCGUGAAGCCUCCGUUCUUCUUUGAUGAGCCGUGCUUGCUGGAGUGUAGCGCCGAGGAGGCAGCAGCGAUGUCUUCUUCUUCCCAUUCUCCUUCACCGUCCUCGCUCACCAUGAAGGACCCGCCCUUACCGACGGAGUGUCGCAAUGCCGCAUGCGCCUAUUGGCACCGUGACCAACUCGCGCACAUGCGGGUCAUCGUUCAGUUCUGUGUAGCGGCCCUGCGCGGGAUGUGCGUGAAGGAUGAACGCCUGUGCUGCGUGCGCCGCCUCACCUCACGGCUGUCCCGCCAGGCCCAUGAGGCGGAGUCCGUGUCCGUCGUGUGUGCGCUGGUCUGUGAGGUGCUGCAGACUUUGAUAGGGCUGGGGCUUCACGUUCACCUCGUGAAGGGAGGAGAACUCGCACCGGCCAUGGGGGCCCCGGCCGUAAACGCGGCGGACGUGGAGCACACGGGGCCGCCACGUGGUGAUCUGAUGUGCGAUGUGGUGGAGAAGCAGCGGUGGUCGGAGCUGAUGCGGCGCCACGCACAGUCGCCCUCCGCAUUGAUGUCGUCGAUGGCGGCAGAGUUGUUCCAGGUGCACUGCGAUGCCCUGUCCUGGCGGUGCCUGCUGGCAUGUGUGCCCGACGCGGCGCAGCGGCAGUGGCUGGCCCGGCAGGGCAUUCAGCUCUUUCCCAGCUGCCCUCAACUGCACUUGGAAUACGUUCUGAGCUCCAUGAAGUCUGCUGCAACGCUUGAGCAGGUAAUGGAGGCCGGCCAAUCGUCGUGCCGCACCCUCUCUGCGCAGGCAGCGGCGGCCGUCGUCGCCGGGCUGGACCUCGGUCAGUACGGCACCACCGUCGCGCGUCACGUCGGCUACAUCAUCACGGUGGUCUUCGUGCACUGCGCCAAGACGGACGCAGGAGCCGCACUGCUUUUCCUCCAGCCUUUUCUUUCCACCGAUGCAGAGGCCGCGCUGGCGGUGCUGUUGUCCCCCAUUGCGCGGCAAAACUUAGCGAUCAUGUCCGUCGCCCUCCGCCGAGCCGGUCACCUCCGCGGAGUGGAGCAUCUUCCGCUGGCGGCGGUGUCUGAGCAGGUGAUGGAGCUGGCCAGCCCCGACGGCGCCAAUCCAACUGAAAACGGCCGAGACGUCAUCUACGCUUCGCUUAAGCUGAUCAACGCCUACAGGCGCGAUCACUUCGAACUGCAGCUCACCACCGCGUGCGCGGGUGCGUUGCAGCUCAGUCUGCUGCGCACCUUCUCGCAUCGACUCUCCUAUUUGGAGCGUGUGGCGGAGAAGACGGUGCCACAGUCCGCGCUGAGUCAAGGCGUGAUUUACUGCGCCUACGUGAGCACCAUCGCGCAGCAGCAGUCCGUGCCGGCGGCGGUGCAGGUGGCGGAGUCGCUCGCCGCUGCCGAGGGAGCCACCUGCUUCUUGAAUCUGCUCCUCCUUUCGCAGAUGCGCACGUGGGGCUGCACCUCUCAGUUGAGCGCGGCUCAGGCCGUGGCGCAGCUGUGUGCAUCCGAGCAGCUGCCUGCAGAAACGCUGGACAGUGCGGAGCGCGUGCGCGAGGCGGCGGCGAAGCGUACAGACGUGUCCGCAGUGGAGUGGGUUGCCGCCUACGCGUUGCACAUGCGCUGCGGAGAGGCAGCCGCGACAACCGUGGAGGAACAAUGGACGGCCAUGCAGCACUUCCCGAUGGAGGUGCUGGCGCAGGACACGAUGGCUGCCGGCCUUUAUUUUUCUCUCGUGUUGCAGCUCAGCGGUGCGUGCCGAAACGCGGCCAAAUUCUACGCCACCGUGCACCGCUGCCUGGGCUUCUUUCUGGGGGUGCACACGCACACCUGGAGCCCGCUGGACGACGCGUACGCGGAAUUGGUGGGCCUCCCGCACUACGUGACUUUGCUCGUUUACGAAGAUGUGCCGUUGCUGCUGGGAUCUGCAGCGAAGGAAACGUACGAGUGGCGCUGCCUUGUGUUGGCGGCUGCAACGGAGCUGGGCGUGGUGCACCCACUGUUGAUGGCAGACGCGUCCACUGCAUAG